AGGUCUGGCAACACUUUAUACAACAAAUAUAAUCAUUUUUUGUUCCUGUUGGUUUUUGUGCAUGAAGAAAAUUAUUUGAGAGCAAGAGUGCAUAAAAUAAUUGUGUUAAUUAUAUAUUUGACUUGACUUUGUGCAUAUUGUAAGUGAGCUUCUUAAUAAAUUAGCGCUGUAAGUAAAAGAUAUAAACAUCAAAUCGCUGCAUUUGUUCGCGUCAACGUCGAUUUUCUGUUGCGGCGAAGGCAAAAAAAAAAAAUUACGAAAAUAAAGUUGAAGCCGCUUCUGUGAAAUUGGUUCUAUGUGUAUGUGUGUGCGCGUUUUUUGCGUAUUUGCCUGUUUCUUCACGGUGUCAGUGCAAGAAAGUGUAUCCAAAAACGAGCGAAAAUUGGCGAAUUGAAACCGAGAUUCAUCCAAUAUGAGCUAUUUAUCGGGCGAGCCAGUGCCGCCUGGCUUUGAGGAUGAAAUGUCUCGAACGGCGAUUAUUCAAAAGCAAAUUGAAAGCUUUAAUGGUGGCCCAUUAAUUGGCACCGAAUACGUUGUGGAGCUGCAUGAGGAUGGCCAGGUGCGACCCGAUUAUUUUUGCGUGUUGUGCAACACUUGCAACGAUCGUCGUUCCAUUUUCAUACACUGGACAUCGGUGAACCAUCGCACCAAUUAUCUGAAAACUCAUUUCCAGACGGCCUUCAAUCAACUGAAGAAACUGCGUUGCACAUCGAACAACUCCAAUGAGGUUGUAUUGAAUGCUACCACAAAAUUGGUGCAGGCCAUUGAAAAGCAUUAUGGACGAAGUCUUCAAAUUUUGGCUGUUGCCGGCGAUGAUUUUCGUCGGUUUCGCGCCAAGAUCUGUUCGCAGGUACGCGAUAAAUUUCAUUUUGAUGAAUGCGCCGGUCCUGAUUUUGUAGAUCAGGUGCCAGCAGCUGUGGGCUUGAAAGUGACACUCAAUUUGAAGGAGCGCAGCAUGGAGUCGUCACAGGCCAUUGCCUUGGAUGCCAUAUCCAGUGAUGAUGACGAUGCCAAUUUUACACCAUCAAUGGUACAGCAUCCGAUGGCAAAGAAGGCGCGCAAGAAGCAGCAGGAGGAACAACAGCCGGCAUAUCGUGCCGUCGUCAAUCGUUCACCGCCACAGAGCACGGACAAGGUGGUGAAAGCAGUGACACCGGUUGGGAUAAAACAAACACUGCCCACACCCAAGGAGCUAUCGAUACAGGCGGCACACAUUGCCCAGGAGCGCUACAAAUGGGAGAAGUUUCGCUGUCUGUUGGAGCUGCAGCUGAAGCAGUUGCGUGAUGAGACCGAAACAUAUGAAUCGAAUCCCGAGAAGCAUCCCGAUUAUUCCGAGGAAUGGAAACUUUUCUGGAAUACCCGAUACAAGCAGCUGCAGGAAGAAAAGAAAUGUGAUCCCAAUAGUUAUGACUACAAGCCCGAAUGGAUCAGUUAUUGGAAGGACAGACGCGUUGAGCUUUUCAACAUAGCCGUCAAUAAGAUUAAGAAGGAGCUGCAGGAGAAGUUCAAGCUCGGCGACGACGAUGAGGAGAACACAAAGGAGCUUAUGGAACGGUAUAAAAUUCGUGUACAUAGUCCAAAGAUUGCAGCUGCAUCCAAUUCAAAUGUUGGCGGCACCUCUGCCGCCCGACGCAAACCCAACUAUCGUGGUCCAAAUAAUCGUUCGGAUAAUGGGUCGGCUGCUCUCGGAGAUGCUGUCAUUGAUAUAAGCGAUGAUGAACAGCCACCAGCUCCACCAUCAUCAAAUCGACCAAACCGCCGUCCACCCUAUGGUCGCUCCCUUUCACGCUCCGCGUCGCCCAAACGUGUCCGGUCACAGUCGUCGCGUCUGGGACGCCACUCACGGACACGAUCACCAAUGCCAUCACGGCGCCGUGGACGCUCACGUUCCAGAUCACGAUCCAGGUCCAGGUCACCACAUCGGCGAUCAUCGCGCUCUCCCUUCAGUCGCAAUCGCGAUAGGUCGCAUCAUUCGCGCAGCCGCGAUGAUUACGGUGAUCGCGACCGGGAGAGGGAGAGGGAAAGAGAGCGGGAACGGGGAAGGGAACGAAGCGGCGGAGAUUACUAUCGAGAUCGGGACCGUGGCGAAAGCUAUACACGUUCCUCACGCACCUAUGAGCCCAUGGAGACAUUCCGUGUACUCGAUUCGCGUGUCUAUCCGGAAUACAGUCAACCCGGGCAACGUGGCGAUUCUCCAACAGGCACAGCUGUGUCGGCAGCUGGCAAGGAACAGGAAACACCCGAAGAACCCGAAGGACCACUGACUGUGGUCACAGUGCUGCGCAUGCUCUCCGCUCUGGAGGAUCACUUGGGUAGUCUGGGUCCCAAGGUACUCAAUUUGCUGAGCAAAGCACUUGCCAUGGAGAAGAUCAAGCCAAAUGCAGCCGAUGAUUUACUAUUGAAUGAGGACAACUGUGUCUUCAUGGAGACCAUCAAGGAGAAGCUGAAGGGCAUUCUUAUUGCCGAAGUGCUCGACGAUCAGCAAAAAGUGCGUGUCGUGAAAAAAUUAAUCAGCAACAUUGCCACCGUUAUCUUUCAAGUGACCUCCAAAGGUGGCAAGGAGACCGCACAGAACGAGAAUGGAGAAUUGGACAAGAAGAAAGAAUAUCAGCUGCCAUUUGAUCGUCAACUUGUCUCCUCGAAACUGGCAAGUGCAUUGAUCUUGAAUGGCUUGGACGAUUUGAGUACGGAUGAUAUGAAUCGUCUGAUUCAUCUCUUUACGCUUAUGGUGAAGACGAAUCAUGGACGACGUCUGAGUGGCGGCCUUAAUUUUGCUGAAGUGCCACUCCUAUUGGGUCUCAAUUCGUUGUCGCCGUCACCGCCAACGACCGAUGUCGAUUUUGCCAGUGGCAGCGUAGCUGUCAACGAUGUGGACAUUGAUCUAAGGGAGCUAUUGAAGGAGGUGGAACAACAACUGGCCACAAAUGCAUCGAAGCCGAGUGUUACAGAUUCCAGCAGCAGCAGCACUGGCAUGGAAUCAUUAACCGAUUCCGAUUUACAAACAUUGCUGCAGAACUUUAAAUUUCUGUCCAACGAGGAGCAAGUGCAUCUUAUUGGCCAUCUGCGCAAGCUGGAGAAACUCGAACCGUCGCGUGUCGAGAGCCUUCGUAAAUAUGUAAACAUUGUGGAGCUGAGCAGCGAUGGUGUUGAAUCCUGCAGCGAUUAUCUAUCACGUAUCCUUGCCAUUGGGCAACGAGGCGGCGGCGCCUCCAGCGUCGGCGCUGAUCGACCCGCUGGUGGAUCACGUGGCGCGCCAGCAACUGUGGCAUCCGUUGCAGCUGGACGCCGCAAGAGCAUUGAACGCGAAAUGACAACGGCUGCCAAGUUGCAAAGUCGCAGCGGCAUGAUGCGCAACUCGCCAAACUUUAUGCUCGACGAUGAUGAUGACGAUGAUUACAAUUUCGAUGAUCUCGUGAUGAAGGCCAACGAUUCCAAUGGCAAGAAGCAAUCGUCAUCAACGAUGCUGCUGGGCGGCAAGGGUAGUCUGCCAAUUUUGCCAAUGAACUCGUCACCAAAUGCCUUGACCUUUAAGCCAGCACCGCCAAAAAUAUCGCUUAAGGAUACCGAAAACAUAAUUGCCAAUCUCAUGGGCACGCUGACCAACAACAGCAAUCAACAGGCAUCGCAUGCAGCCAAAUCACAGCAGCAACAUCAACAGCACCAACAACAUCAGCAGCAGCAACAGCAACCAAUGCAGCAGAUGCAACAACGUGGCCAACAGCAACAACAGCAACAGCCAUUCGGUUCAAAUAAUGCUGGCAAUGAAGGUGGACGCUUCUUUAACUAUGGCGGUGAUCCAUCUGCGGGACAUCCAUUCCAGCAACAACAACAGCAGCAGCAACAGCCGCCCUACAACAACAUGGGUAAUUUCAAUUCCUAUGGACAGCCAAUGAAUCAUGGUGGUUAUGGCAACCAAAUUAAUCCCUGGGCCAAUAAUGGUCCCCCACAGAAUUUUAUGCACCACCAGCAGCAACAACAGCAACAGCAACAACCACCGCCAGGACACAUGCAUGAGGCAACAACAGCAGCUGUGGGUGCUGCUGCAUAUGGAGCACAGCAACAGGCAACGGCACCACAGCCACAACCACAACAUACGUUGCCACAGCCAACAGCAGCAGCAGCACCGCCAGCAACAACAGCAGCAACAACAGCAACAGCAGCAGCAACAACAGUGGGUGCAACAACCGCUGCACCGCCAACCAGCGAUGGCACCGCUAAACACGAAUCGGACAAACAUGAAACGGACUAGGAAACGGAAACGGGCAAAUCCACAAUCCACAACAAGAUCCACAUAUUACGAUGGGAUGUAAAUUAGCUCCUACUACAACUGCACAGCGCUCCUUUUAGACCGUCAUAAGUAAAAAGCAAAAGAAUACAGAAUAUUAAAUAAAUAACACAACAUCA